CCAAAGCGGCAGCUUAUUCCAGCCAGGCCCUCCACUGCCCGGUCCGACAGUCAGCUUUGUUCAGAAAUGGCUGAGCAGUUAUCAGCUCCAGAACGAAUCCGACACCGACGAAGACCGGCCCCACGGCCACCACGAGGGCCGAACGACAUCUAUGUAAACACAAAGACUGAUUUUCGGGCCCAGCUUUGCCGUUGCCGUCGGCUCCUAGGAGAUGGGGGCCACAAGGAGCUGAGGGUGCAUGGCUUGGGCCUUGCCAUCGGUCGUGCUAUUAACCUGGCUUUACAGCUCCAGGCGUCUGGGCCAGGGACCCUUCUGAUCUCUGCUAACACCUCUACUGUAGAGCUGACUGAUGAUCUAGAACCCGAAGGGGGUGAGGAUAUGGAGUCAGGAUCCCGGAAUAGAAAUAAUUCUGCAAUUCACAUCCGUGUAUACCGGCCCCAGACAGAUUGAUGGAGAUUCUUCGUAAUACAAGAUACUGCAACAUCUUUAUCCAUGUCAUCAAUUAGCUUGAACUGGGUUUACCUUGUGUUUUCAUUUGACUGUAAUGUGGCUCAGUACCAUGUCACUGCACUGUGACACUGACUGUAUAUAUUGAGAAUAUCAUCCAAAUAUCGGUUUAGCCAUGUUCUGGGGGCAUAUAAAAUGGCGGAUUUUUUUUUUUUUUUUUGCAGCUAAAUAUUUUCCAUGAUCUCCUUGUUAGAGUAGAUGGCAUUUAAACAAAGGUAUCUUAAAAAAUACAUAUUUAAUUUUAUUAAGGGGGGGGGGGUACUGCUGCUUACACUAAAACCUGGUAAAACUGAAUGCAUGAUGCCAAGUGGAAACCACUAAAACCAAUCUA